AUGAGCCACCCAGACAACGACAACGACAACGACAACGACAACGACAACGACAACGACAACGACAACGACAACGACAACGACAACGACAACGACAACGACAACGACAACGACAACGACAACGACAACGACAACGACAACGACAACGACAACGACAACGACAACGACAACGACAACGACAACGACAACGACAACCAUGCGCCGCGACCCAUGUCCAUUUCAGAUGCAAUGCCAGCGCUGCUCAAAAAGCUUGACUCGCUCCGUCGCCCGAAUGACUUGGGCCAAUCCGGCACGCAGCCUCCGGUCGAGGAUGAGCACGACGCAUCCUCUCCAUAUCCCAGCUCAGCCCGCCUCAGAGCCCUCACACUCGACUUCCGCAAGAAGCUGCGCCGCAAAAAAACCCAGACCAGCAUGCACUUGCUCCGAGCGGAAUGGCGCAAGAGUCUGCUCGCGCCAGGGUCAGCCCAGUAUGCGGCGGUCUCGCAGAGCCUCAGAUUGUCCAAAGAAUCGGCUGAUUUCAGAAUCGGGUCGCACUCGCGGGCCUCGCAUCCCACGGCGCCCGAACGCCAAGUCGAAAUUCGUCAAACUCCCGAAUGCAACGGCAGCGAUACCUACCAACUGCCUCCAACGCACCACGACAGCACGAACAUCAGAAAUUUCGCUGAGCAGACGGGCGGCCACCUCCAACUUUCCGCACAGGAGCCUCAGUCGAUGUCGCAUCAUGAAUAUAGCGACCUUGACAACUUGGAGUGGCCAUAA